GAGAAUUUCAUAGAAUCUCAAACCCCAAAACGAUGAACACAUCAACGGCAAUCAAGUUUGUGGCUGCUCUGGCGCUCUGCUCCCUAGCUCUCUCCGCCGAUGCGUUAACAAUUGAACCCCGCAGCAGUUGGGGAGCAGCGGCUGCUCGUUCGCCUUCGAGGAUUUCCGGAGCCGUGGACUAUGUGAUCAUCCAUCACUCCGACAAUCCCAACGGGUGCUCCACAUCCGAGCAGUGCAAACGGAUGAUCAAGAGCAUCCAGUCGGAUCACAAGGGUCGCAGGAAUUUCAGCGAUAUUGGCUAUAACUUCAUUGUGGCCGGAGAUGGAAAGGUGUACGAGGGUCGUGGCUUUGGACUCCAGGGCUCCCAUGCCCCCAACUACAAUCGCAAGAGCAUUGGCAUCGUCUUCAUUGGCAAUUUCCAGCAGAAUAAACCCUCUGCCCAAAUGCUGCAGAAUGCAAAGGAUCUGAUCGAGUUGGCCAAGCAGCGAGGACACCUCAAGGAUAACUACACGCUGUUCGGACACCGCCAGACGAAGGCCACCACCUGUCCAGGUGAUGCCCUCUACAACGAGAUCAAGACAUGGCCCCACUGGAGGCAAAAUUAAUUCAAGUUAGAUCUUAAGUAGAACUUUUUGAAGUUUAUUAUUAUGUUAGAAUAUAUCGAAUUACCUCACAUAAAAAAUUAUUGUCAUAACUUAAA